AUGGCCAACGACACCCUCGUGUCAUCCCAGGACACUCUAUCCAAUGGCAGAAUCAAUGACCACGCUGACACCAACGGUCAUGGCUAUGACUCAAAACCUCUCGAAGACGCAGUCAUGCCAACUGAGUCAAUUCCAACCCAUCCUCUGGGGGUGAAACCACUGGGUAACCAGUAUCUCUCGGACCGUCCGAACGCUCGGAAACACAUCGGGGUUUUCAAAAUUUUGCCUGAUGAGGCCCUCAUGCUCUUAUUAGAGUAUCUCGACCAGAAGAGCUUGAGGAUCCUGGGCUACGCCAGCAAGUUUCUUUACGCUUUUUGUCACUCUGACGAUUCAUGGAAGGCGUUGUUCCUAGAGUCCCACAGCUCAGGCAGAUUUGAUGGCAAGUGGCAAGGCUCCUGGAGAUCAACUCAGCUGGGGCUAUCUCCCGAAAAGCAGCUCAAGAUUGUCUGCAGCAAUGUUUUUUCCGACGUCCUGCAUAGGCCUUUUGUUUGCAGUCAUGUGGAUCUCACCCAGUUCACAUCCAGAAUCCCAAGAACCAACCAGAUCCAGCGCAUGGAGAUGCUGACCUACGAGGAAUUUGCUCAGAAGUGGACAGAAGUUCCAUUCAUUCUAACCAACUACAUCCAGUCAUGGCCUGUUUGCCACGAAUGGAAUCUGGAUGUCAUACUUCAACGCUACAGGGACGUCGAGUUCCGCGCCGAGGCUGUGGACUGGCCAUUUUCGACAUAUCAUGAUUAUAUGAAGAACAGUCACGACGAAAGCCCGUUGUAUCUUUUUGACAAGAAGUUCGCCGAGAAGAUGAAGAUCAAAAUUGGCCAUGAACAGGGAGCGGCGUACUGGAAGCCGGACUGUUUUGGACCAGAUCUUUUCGAACUCCUAGGCAAGGAGCGGCCCGCCCACCGGUGGCUCAUUGUUGGACCCGAAAGGAGCGGUUCGACUUUCCAUAAGGAUCCGAACGGUACAAGCGCAUGGAAUGCCGUCAUUCAGGGCACGAAGUACUGGAUUAUGUUUCCGCCUAUGGCGCAGGUUCCGGGAGUCUACGUCUCGGAGGACAGCAGUGAAGUGACGAGCCCUCUCAGCAUUGCCGAGUGGCUCCUAGAAUUCCAUGCGGAGGCGAGACAAUUGCCUGAUUGUAUUGAGGGCAUUUGUAAGGAGGGAGAAAUUUUGCACGUGCCCAGUGGAUGGUGGCAUCUGGUCGUUAACUUGGAGAGUGGUAUCGCUUUGACACAGAACUUUGUGCCCAAGUCGACGUCCCUAUACCAGCUAACUGAGGUUUUGGGAUUUCUCAGAGACAAGGCCGACCAAGUUACGGGUUUUAAGCAAGAGGUGACGGACCCCUACGGACUGUUUGUUGAGCGGCUACAGCAGGAGUAUCCGGAUAUUCUGGAAGAAGCACUGCAGAAGCUGGAGAAGAAGACCAGCCAGAAAAAAAGGAAAUGGGAAGAGGCGGUAGGUGGUGGAGACACUGAAGCAAACAAUGGAGGAGGCUUCAGCUUCGGAUUCGGCGGUGACUUGGAUGACGAUGAAAUUCCAUAA